AUGUCGGCCGAGUCGCCCCCGAAAUACGUCUACAAAAUCGUCCCAACUGCCCCGCCCGAGCCUAUCCCCCAGGAAUAUCCCCUCUCUGACCUCGACAAGCAAGAUGGUUUCAUCCACCUGAGCACCGGCCAACAGAUCCCCCUUACUUGCGACAGAUUUUUCUCGGCCACAUCCGCCCUGUGGGUGCUCAAGUUCCAGCUAGACCAGUUUGCAGACCCCAUCAAGUGGGAGGGCGGUUUCCCCCAUCUAUACGGCAAUUUCGGCGCAAAGAAUGUCCUCGCCGUGCAAAAGUUUGAUAGGGAUGAUGGGAAGACGUGGGCUGAGAUUAUGAGCACUUCCACUUGGCUUGAGUAG